AUGACCCGAGACUUGAUGCACCAAGAGAGUUCCUUUAAACGGUUUCUGCUCUUUCUCAUGUUCCUUGAUCAUUUUGUUAACUUUUUCUAUGUCGACAUCUUCGAUAACAGAGACAUUUAUAUUUGGACACCUUUCUCGAAGCACAGCUACAAAGUCGUACAAGUUCGUAAUGUCACCUCUCUGAGCUAUGAGUUGGUCUGCAGAGCGUUUGCAUGUAGCUCCAAUUCCAUCAGGUGCCCCUUUCCCAUGUCCCGCCUCAUGGAAAUUCCACAUUUUGAAUCUAGGUUUGAGGAUAUUUUGACUAUGGUAAUACCACCGUGGAUAAUUAAUCCAUAUGGAGACAUAGAAGAAACGAAUGUCAUAAUACAAGAGGAACCGACUGAACUAAGUACAAGCGAAGAACUUAAGGUUCAGUUUAAAAACGGAUAUCAGCAAUUCUGGCUGCAAAACUACAUACCCGUUACUUAUCCCAGUGACAGAAUUUAUAAACCGGUAUCGAUGUACAAAGCUUGUUGGCAUAUUGGUAGCAGAUUAUUGAUCGAACCCCUGAACAGCACCAAGUAUGGACAGUGUUACAGUGUAAUCAAAUCAGUAUCUCCAGUACCUCAUUUUCAUCUCAAGACGCAAGACGAAGAAGAUACUUCCAAACAUUUACGGCAACAUCUUGAAGAUGCAGUAGAUGGAUAG